UCACUCGUCGCGAAUCGCGAGCGCAAAUGAGAGACAUCAAUAACACUUGUUAAAAUCAAUUUAUAGUUCUCCAUAUUAAUAUAUCUAUACUAACUUUUGAGUAUUUAAAUGACUAAUUAUGCAACACUUUAACUUCAAUGUCCACCUGCAUACAAAAUUUUGACAGUUACGUAAAACCUUUACCCAAAGUACCAUUCAGCAAGCAUACAAAAUUGCCCUCAUCAUCCACCUCGGAAAACAGGGGAGAGGCAGGGGAGGCUUUGAGCUGGACAGCUCCUACAAAGCCCACCUUUUGACCUUUCUCCUCACCCUCUUCCUCCCUCCAUCUACUACCAAUAACCAACUUUCUUCGGCUUUCAUCGCUUCAUAAUCCUCGAUAGAAUAGAAUCCCCGGCCCACUCUCAAAUUCUACGGCCGAGUUUUCUGCUCUAUCCCAAUUUCUUCCUGGGUGCAGACGUCGCCGUCGCCGUCGUCGUGGCUCCGGUGGGUCGCUUUUUAGUUAUAUCACCUAAACAACAAAAAAGGUGUUUGGUUAAGAGGAGUUGGAACUGAGUUUUCCAACCUACUGUGUGUUAAUUAAAAGAAUUGGUGCUUGGUCAUCUACCACCAGGCUUUGAUUGAUAUCAUAAAUUAUCAAGUAGCUUACGUCCUUUGACUUUCACCGUUACUCUGCCACUAUCUGCAUAAAUAUUGUUUCCGACUUGGACCCUUAACCCUUAGACUCGUCUAGAUUGAGAGAAGAGAGAAAGCUGCUGCGUCUUUUGGCGGGUAAAAGAAAGAGCCCCGACUUUUCCCGGGUCUUUUUUCCUGCCGUGUUCUUACUUUGCUUCUUUCUGGAAGCUGACCAAUUCGGACUACAAGUAAAUAGCCCGCCCGCCAGCUACGUUUUCCUCUUCUGCCUUCAUAUCAGGUUAGUCUCUCUUCUUCUUUCUCUCCUUUGUGUUCUAUGAAUCUGGAGUGGAAAGCAAGCUAUUGGGUGAUUUUGUUCCUUUUUUCGAAAAUUACAGAGCAAUAAAGUUGUUCCCUUUUGUGUUCUCUGAGUGGGUCUCAACAAAUCCGGUUUCCUUCCAUUAACAACAUAAGAGGCGCGCCUUUUUCCCAGUUGUUUAACAAUUUCCUCAGGAUACAUAAAACAAGAAACGGCUGAAUUCCAGGGUCAGGUGCAAAACAGGGGGGAAAAGGCGAUUGCUUUGAGAAAACAUGGAACCCGAAGAAGUUCACAGAGGUGGACGACAGGAAUUUGCGAACCGGUGCUUGUUGCGGGCCAUGUUCCACACUCGCCGGUCCGAUGACGGAAAGAAGAAGCCUUCCCGCAGGAAACGCGGCCAAGGGAGGCGGCUUGGCAGAUGCUGCGGACAACCGCGGACAACUUCGUUUCACAAUCAGCAGUUCGACGACAUGAAUGCGUCGUUUGAAUCGGACCCAGCUGCGCCCUUGCUGGUGGACGGGCAGGGGAGCGCGAAAGCUUCCAAGACCAAAGAGCUGAUGGUUGCUAAGAAGAAGUCUGUAAAACUGCGGUUACUGAGGACUUAUUCACUGAAUCAACAGCUAUGGCAGCAGCACGGCCCUGAUUGGGCAACUAGUCCCAUCAUAAUCAUCCACAAAACCCCCAAAGCUGCUGCUACUUCCCCAAAGUUUCAGGAGGCUCCAAAACCUGCUGCUCGCGAGGAUUUGAGCAAGUACCAGCUCUCCACCGAGAACCAACUUCUGGCGGAGAAGUACAACAAACUGGUGAGCAGCCAAAGCGGUUCACAGGAUGCACGCGGAGCAAUCUCGAGCCCGGAGGAUCAUCUGAAAGAGUGCCUUGACCUCCUGGACUUGUUCAUGGUCAACAAGAGCCAGUUCCUGGAUAUCAUCAAGAACAAAGAGGCACAGCUUGGGAAUAGCUUCCUUGCCCGCCAGACUAACACCAAAAGCUUGAGAUUAGUGAAAUCCGGGUCGUUUCCUGCGGUUGAUUCUUCGUCGUCUUCUCCUCGUGUUCUUACUCCCAGUAUGUUAGAACACAAGCACAUGGAAGUGUGGUCAUCCCCAAAAAGGCCUACUUCCAAGUUUGCAGAUUCAACGGUUGAGAAACCAGAUGGCGAGCAGAAGGUGAUGCCAUUUACUCACAAACGCAAGUGGAUUGUAUCGAUAGUGGGCGGGUUUAAGGGUGUCAAGCAGAGGAUCCUAAAGCGCGUGUUGAACAAGGGCAGAAAGAAGAACAAAAGAGCAUCGACUGGGGAAACAAGGCUAAGGAAUUGGAUUCGUCUUCGUCGUGGUGGUCAUCGCCCCAAGAUGAGUAGCAGCAGGAGACUUAUUAGCCCUGUGAAUGGGGAAAUGUUCCAAGUAAGAAGAACACUGUCUCUUAGCGAAUCGUUGCACAAGUACGCUCCAUUGAUGGAACGCAGUUCAUCCUUUGGUAAUAAUCAGACGACAUGGCAGUACAGAAAGUCACAGAGCUUAAGGUUGAGUAAUGAAGACAAGAGUCAUCAGAAUCGUCUCAAGUAUUCCUUCAGGAGGAGGCUGUCUCUGCCUGAUCUUGAUGCUAUAUUACAGGCAAAGGAACAAGAUGGUCAGGACGAGACAAAUCCUUCCAGAAGGAAUUCUCUAGACAGAAAGGAGCUCCAGGAGCUGGAUUGUAUCGAUGAAAUCGAACCUUCAGAAAGUAGUCCUGUUGCUGUUCAGAUCGACGAGGAGCAAGACGAUGAAGAGAAAAUCUUUGUACAAGUUCAAGAGAUUGCUUCUUCAUUUCCAUCAAGCAAUGAUGAUCAGAAGCCAGUUGAAAACAUUCCAACAGAAGAAGCAGCAGCAGAAAGUUUCUACAGAAUGGAAGGAGUUGAGCUCAAGCUCAACGAAGACAGCGCGGAUUUCGAUUACAUCAGGGACGUGCUAGAGGUAUCCGGGUUCCUCGACCAGGGUCGCUGCUGCUUCCCAGGAACAUUGUGGUACUCACUAGACCAGCCGUUGAGUCCGUUGGUGUUCGACGAAAUGGAGUCCCUCCUGCAAUCUGUAGAGGGGGAAUCCAUGUCCAGCAGCAUCCAUCGUCGGCUUCUUUUCGAUCUGAUCAACGAGGAGCUAAUUGGAAUCUACGGCAGCUCGUUGACAUACUUCCCCAAGCCGCUGAACGUCGGUCAGGGGAGCCAGCUGAUGCCCAAGGGGAAGCGGGUUCUGGAGGAAGUGUGGAAGAGGAUCGGUGGGCGUCGGUUGCCGGAGAUGGAUCUGUCGCUGUUUGACAUAUUUUCCAGGGACAUGAAGAGAGGCGAUGGGUGGAUGAACAUUCAAUUGGAGAGCGAGGAUGUGACGCUUGAACUGGAAGAUUUGAUUAUGGACCAGCUACUUGAGGAAAUUUUGUGUUGAGCUCUGCUGAACGGUACCGCCUGCGCCAGGAAUUUUGUUUCCUUUCUGGGGGUGUUUGUACAUAAAUAAAAUCCAUUCUGACAUAGUGGCAAGUGAUUGUUUAUUUGUUUACGCCACAUUGUUGUAGGCUAGUGUAUGGCCGAACAAAGUGUCGUGAAAAUACAAGGAUAGGGGUUUAUGUUUCUAGUCAACAAUUACCAAUCUAUGGUAAACAAAUAAAAAGAUAAAAAAAGAUUGAUUCUCGAUGUUUUCUUUCUAAUUAAUAUAAGAAUCGUUG